UUUACACUGGGCUGGGGCUGCGGCAUGGAGUGACCCUCUUCCCUUGCUGGAAACUGGAAAGGUGCUGGAAGGGGGCUCGGCAGGGGCACUUGGGGAAGGUGGCCGCAGAUGGUGGGAAGCCUUGUCAGGAGCAGGGAGCCCCAGCAAGGCAGCUGCCCCGGUGCAGAGGCAGAACCCAGCCCGGGUCAGUGGGGCGUGUCUGUGGGACCAAGGGGCAAGGGCAGGACAGCCUGCAGAGACGCUCGCUGCCACACUUCGUGCCAGCAUGAGCAGUCGCCAGGGGCCUGGCAAGUGGCACUCGAGCCUGUCCCUGUCGGGAUUCGUGGGAGGCUGUUCUUAAGUGAGAUCCUGAGGAGUUAAGGAUGAAUCUGUACAGUGAUGGGAUAGAUGAUGUCAUCAGCCAAGAAUGCCCUCUGGACGUGGAGGGGAAUUACAAAAAGGCACAGAAAAAUGAGAGAGAGUCUAUCAGACAGAAGCUGGCRCUCGGAAGCUGCUUCGAUGACGGCCCAGGAAUUUACACCAGCUGCAGCAGGAGCGGCAAGCCCAGCCUCUCCUCCCGACUCCAGAGUGGGAUGAACCUGCAGAUUUGCUUUGUCAAUGACAGCGGCAGCGAUAAGGACAGUGAUGCUGACGACAGCAAGACCGAGACCAGCCUGGACACACCCUCGUCCCCCGUGAGCAAACAGAGCUCUUCCUAUUCCGAUAGAGACACUACUGAGGAGGAGUCCGAGUCCUUGGACGACAUGGACUUCCUCACAAGGCAGAAGAAACUGCAGGCUGAAGCCAAGAUGGCCCUUGCCAUGGCCAAGCCCAUGGCCAAGAUGCAAGUGGAGGUGGAGAAGCAGAACAGGAAGAAGUCUCCCGUGGCGGAUCUGCUGCCUCAUCUGCCCCAUAUCAGCGAGUGCUUGAUGAAGAGGAGCCUGAAGCCAGCCGACCUGCGCGGCAUGACACUGGGCCAGCUGCAGGUGAUCGUCAAUGACCUCCACUCCCAGAUCGAAAGCUUGAACGAAGAGCUGGUGCAGCUGCUCCUCAUCCGAGACGAGCUGCACACAGAGCAAGAUGCCAUGUUGGUGGACAUCGAGGACCUGACCAGACAUGCUGAGAGUCAGCAGAAGCACAUGGCAGAGAAGAUGCCUGCCAAGUGAGAGCCACCCGCCACAGCCCGGCGGAGCUGACUUUGCCUCUGUGGUUUGCAGUGCUGUUGCUGAAGGUGUCGCAGAGAUAGACCAACAGCCUUGUCAUUCAUGGAUGGUGUCUGAAGCUUCAUGUCCAGUGAUCGGCCUUUGCUUCUUAAUUUAUUUUAAUUUUUUACUUGUGCCACUUAAUAUCAGGCAUUUUAAUAAAAUGUUGUUACAAAAAAAAAUUGUACAGUACUUACACCAUCACAAACCAUGGGUGAUCCGAGGGUGGUUUUAACUUUAUUUUUACUUGUUUAGAGGUUUUCGGUUGGAGCGGUAUUUUGCAUUGACUACUUCAUCCUUCGCUGUAGUUUUAAGAACUGUAAAUGACGGUGCUAUACAAGUCAAAAUACAUGCCUGCCUCCUAGUGAAGUCGUAGCUCUCCUUAACGUGUAUCUUAAUCAGUUCUCAACAUUUUGUGAAUGUUGACUACCUGAAGUUCAUUUUCAGAUGUGCUAUUAACAUUCUGUUGGCUUCAGAAGGUUUCUUGGAAGUUUUAUGUAUAAAUAUGUAAAAUAAAAUUAAAACUUUGUUUCAUAUGAUA